AUGUCUAGUUCAUAUUCACCCAACGAAAUCAUCCUCCCGCCUAUGUUUCCCGACUUAUCCACGGGUAGUUCGUUUUUAUUUUUUCAAGACGCUUUAGUGGCGGCGGAAGAGUUAGAAGACUCGGGUAGCUCUAGUGACACACGCACUUACAUUGAACGACACCGGGAAGAAGCUCAUGAAAAGCUAAUGCGCGAUCACUUUGUGGAACCUCCAAAGUUCGGCGAACGCUUCUUUCGUCAUCAUUAUCGCAAGAGUAAAAGGUUGCUUUUAAAGAUUGUUGAUGACAUUGAAGCUCAAUACCCGUACUUUCAACAACAUACGGACGCAAGGAAUGGACAAGGUUUCUCGCAGAUACAAAAAUGCACGUCGGCAAUCAAGCAACUCUCAACCGGUGAACCAUCGGAUAACUUCGAUGAGUAUUUAUGCAUGGCCGAUCGCACGUCACGCGAAUGUCUUAUCAACUUUUGUGAUUCGUUGUCGUUGUAUGAUUUGGUUCGAAAUGGGACGGCUCCAGACUCAUCAUUCAUUGUUCGUGGUCGGUAUUACAAACGUGGUUAUUUGCUAACUGAUGGGAUUUAUCCUAGUUGGUCUACGUUUGUUAAAGCGUAUCCACACCCUGUCGAUCCAAAAGAAAAGAAGUUCAAAAGAGUACAAGAAGCGGCAAGAAAAGACAUUGAAAGGGUAUUUGGUGUUCUUAAGGGAAAAUGA